AUGGCGCCCCUCUUGGCGGAGCCCUGUUGGCUCCCUGCAGCAUCAGGCUCAAUUGGUUUGUUUGUUUGGAUUGGAUCCCUUUUUGAUUCUGUAACUCGGACGACCAUGAUUGAGCAAGGAGAGGUUUUGACUGAUGUCAAUGCUAUAGGCACGCGGAGGAUUAUCGUUGGACUGGUCUUGUUUCAUGUCCCAAGGGAUGAGAUUUCUUUGUCUCCUUGGCGUCUCAAUGGGAGGGGAAUGGCUUCACCGCAAGAUCCAGUAGAUGCCAGCUUUAGCAUUGGUGGGAAAGUUCAUCCGUUGGAUCCGACUACGACUCCAAGCUACCCAAUGUUGGUUCACGACGAAUACCACCAUAUCGAUCAAUUGCAUCCCGAUCCAGCAUAA